CUCUCUUCCUUGUUUCCUCCCUUCAGACAGGCAGAAUUGACAAGUCCUACCCGACAGUGUGUGGCCACACAGGACCGGUGCUGGACAUAGACUGGUGUCCUCAUAAUGACCAGGUCAUCGCCAGUGGCUCCGAGGACUGCACCGUCAUGGUGUGGCAGAUUCCCGAGAACGGACUCACCCUGUCCCUGACGGAGCCGGUGGUAGUGUUAGAAGGCCAUUCCAAGAGAGUCGGCAUUGUGGCUUGGCAUCCGACGGCACGCAACGUGCUGCUCAGCGCAGGUUGUGAUAAUGCAAUCAUCAUCUGGAAUGUGGGAACAGGUGAAGCCCUCAUAAACUUGGAUGACAUGCACGUGGAUAUGAUUUACAACGUGAGCUGGAAUCGCAAUGGCAGCCUAAUCUGUACAGCUUCCAAAGACAAAAAAGUUCGAGUUAUUGACCCCAGGAAACAAGAAAUUGUUGCUGAGAAAGAGAAAACCCACGAGGGAGCCCGGCCCAUGCGCGCCAUUUUCCUUGCUGAUGGAAACAUCUUCACAACUGGCUUCAGCCGCAUGAGUGAACGGCAGCUUGCCCUUUGGAAUCCAAAAAACAUGGAGGAGCCAAUAGCCCUUCAUGAGAUGGACACCAGCAACGGGGUCCUGCUGCCAUUCUACGACCCAGAUACCAACAUUAUUUACUUGUGUGGCAAGGGUGACAGCAGCAUUCGCUACUUCGAGAUCACGGACGAGUCCCCCUACGUUCACUACCUCAACACCUUCAGCAGCAAGGAGCCGCAGAGGGGCAUGGGGUUCAUGCCAAAGAGGGGCCUUGACGUGAACAAGUGUGAGAUUGCCAGGUUCUUCAAGCUUCACGAGAGGAAGUGUGAGCCCAUCAUCAUGACAGUUCCUCGAAAGUCGGACCUCUUCCAGGAUGACCUGUACCCUGAUACUGCUGGCCCAGAAGCAGCUCUGGAAGCAGAGGAGUGGUUUGAGGGGAAGAAUGCCGAUCCCCUUCUCAUCUCCUUGAAGCACGGGUACAUUCCAGGCAAGAACAGGGAUCUCAAGGUGGUCAAGAAGAACAUACUGGACAACAAGCCUGCCGGAAACAAGAAAAGUGAUCUCAUAAAUGCUCCAAAGAAAGCAGCUGAUGCCCUAAACACUCAAAACGACGCCAAAUUGGACGAGAUUUUGAAAGAGCUGAAAUCCAUAAAAGACACGAUCACCAACCAAGACGAGCGCAUUUCCAAGCUGGAGCAGCAGAUGGCAAAGAUCGCGGACUGAGCGGGGCGAGGGCGCCGGCCCACCAGCCCCAGCACAUUCCAGUUCCCCAGUUCAGCGAGCAGCAGCGUGCAGCAUUCCAGUACGAGCUUUCCUGUUCUCCUAAAUUCACGUCAACGAGAGCCGAUGAUUUAAAGCCAAGCUUUUUAGUGAAAGAUUUUUUUUUUCCUGAUGUUUUAAUGAAUUUAUGUGACUGUGUCAAACGAGUCAAAAAGGAUAAGUGCUACUUUUUCCUUUUUUUUUUUUUUUUCCAGAUGUUAUGAAUUCUUGAAAACAAAUCCAUUCUGACUUUCAAUGUUGUGCCCAAAUAUCUUUUUCUAGAUUUAGGGACCAAUGCCACAUUGUUCUUAACCAUUUUUUUUAAAGUUGCCAAAAAAAA